AUGAUGAAAGUGAUAACUUUUACAAAAAAAACACAUGAAAAUGAAAAUGUUGUCGAGAGAUUUGAAGUUACUUACGGCAUGCCGAUUCUUUGUCGGAGAAUUCCUCGUAAACCACAACAAAAUUUAGUUGAAAAGAGACUUGAAAGUUUGCAUGAUGUCCACUCGUUGAAAAGGAAAUUGAAUGAGAAUAAACACAAUUACAUGAAAUAUGAAGAAGUUUAUGAAAGCGAACUACAGAAAUGUGAGAAAGUUUUAGAAAAGUCAUAA